GCUGAGCGCGGUGUGAUGAAGCGCGGAAGUUUGGCUGGGGAAUUCCUCGACAGUCCGAGCUUCUGUGGACACUUUUCAUCUGAUUUACUUGGUUCAAUCUUGAUUCUGAGUUCCCUACCCGGUGAGGUUGAAGAUGUUGGCCGCGCUGAGUGCCUGUGGCUGAUUAUUAACGGGGCCGUGUUUGUUUGACAGAAGUCAUCCUCACAGCGAUCUGUGUUAGCACAGAGAGUUAAAACACUGUCCACACGGGUUAAACAAGAGUCAUGGUCCAGCCGCAGCCAUCAGGGGAACUACAGUGGGAGUUGACGGGAGAGGAAACUGUGGGAGCCGGAGGUCAGGGGUCACUGAUGGCCAGUUCACAGGGAUCUCUGAGGGUCCCACCUGAAUUGGCAGGAAAUGAGGUGGUUCAGCGACUACUUACAGAUAAUAACCAGCUUCGAGAGGCGCUGAAGCGAAGCAAUGAUGCUCUUAAAGAGAGAUGUGAAGAAAUGGAGGGAUGGCAAAGGAGGUCAAGGGAGGAACGAGAGUUCCUGAGCUGUAGAUUUCGUGAGGCCAGAACCCUAGUGCAGCGACUGGCGCAGGAAAACCAGAGCUUGUUAGGGCAGCUCAACCAAAGCAUAAUUCAAACAGGAAGUCAAAAUGUUGACAUCUCUAAAGAGACUGGAAGUCAAGGUCAGGACCAAGAGCUAAAGAGUACCAAUACAGAGAAGAAUGCCCUCGUGGACACACCAGAAGUAUUAAAUGAAGCUGCUUUGACAGAUCGAGCUGUAGGAGACACUGACAAAAUGCCUCAAAGUUUGCCUGCUGAGGGCUCUAAUGAAUUUCUAAAACUGCUGAAAAGCCACAAAGAGAAGAUGGAUGAAGGGAUGAGAGCACUGAGGAGGAGGAAUGAAGAACUGGAGAAGGAGAAAACAGAGAGUGAGAAAGAGAGGGAAAACCUUGCCGCCACCGUGGAGCAGUUACGAUCCAAACUCGCUCAGAAUGUUGCUGUUACUGAAGAUUCAGUCCAACAGACAUGCGCUCUAACUGUUUCUGCAGAGAGCACUCACUUGGCUAAAUUAACAGAGCAGCUUCAGGGUACUCAAGGCAGAUACAGGGAGCUCCAGGAGAAGCUGGACAGCCUUCAGAAGAACUCUUUUCAGAGAGAAAGAAUUGAGGCACUUCUCAAACAGAAGGAGAAGGACUUUGUUCAGCUGACAAAGGACAGUGAAGCUCUGAGAGCUCAAGUCACGUCUCUUGUUGGUGAGCUGAAUGAACGGCGAAACUGGCUGGAGAAAAGUGAAGCAGAGAGACUAUAUUUAGAGGAUAAGCUGAGCAAGAAGACAGAACGCUUGCAGAUUUUAGAGAGGGAGAUGGAGCAGCAGAAGAAGCAGCACAGUGUGACUGUGGACAAUCUUCUCCUGCAGACACAGAACCUGGAAACUGCACUGAAGAACGAGCGGCUCAUCAUUGUAGAGGAGAGGAGGAAGUUGGCCCAGCUCCAGCAUGCAUACACGUGCCUGUUUCAGGAUUACGACAACAAACUUAAAAAUGAAAAGCAAGCUAAUCACCGGGGCGGAGAGGCAGAUACUCUGGCUAACAGGUUAGUAGAGGCAGAGAAAGCUCUCGCCCUGAAACAGGAUCUCAUCGAUAAACUUAAGGAAGAAACUGAACAGCUGAGAGCUACUCUAGAGACUAUACCAGUGCUAACUGCUCAGGCAGAGAUCUAUAAGAUGGACUUCCUGGCUGAGAGGGAAGCCAGGGAGAAACUGCAUCAGAAGAAAGAGGAACUGCAAGAGGAGCUCACAAAGACAAUGGCCGAGAUAGACAGACUCAAACAGGAGGGAACCUCACGAGCUCGCAUAGAGGAGAUGCAACAGAGGCAUUUGGAGGACUACAGACCUCGACCACUUCUGCCACCUCCAGCACCCUUCCAAAGACCGGCCAUGUUCAAUCCAGCCCAACCUCCGUCUGCACGCAGAAGAGAAGAUGAUCAAGAUGAGCUGCCUGAUUAUCGCUGCCCCAAAUGUAUGUACAAGGCACCAGAUAUGGACACCCUGCAGAUUCACGUCAUGGACUGUAUCCAGUGAGAGGACUAGAUGUUCAGGUGUUUUCCUAGCAUCAGUUUGAACUCUUACAAUGACAAAAAAACAACAAAAAACAAAACAAGAGAGAUCUAAAACAUGCCAGAGACAAGACAAGAGCAAUCUGUAGACAUUGAACAUUUACUUCUGCUGCAGAGUGACUUGUUAAAGAAGACACAUGGCAGAUAUUUGUAUCUUUGUGGUUAUAGUGCUGCCACAAUGUUCUAGUAAGCUCAUCUGUACUGCCUUUCUGUGACCGCAUAGUAUAAUGUACUGCACGUGUGAAUGUUUGUGUCUGCUUUACGUCUGCACACAUCUGACAGUGACCAUGUUUCCCUUAUACCUGUGGUAUUUGUUUCUCUGAAUGUAUGCACUAUUGAGGAUUCAUACUGGCUUGUAUUAAUAUUGUGUAUUAUCAGCCAACGUGAAUAUGGAAAAAUCAGCUUUGUACAGACUAUUGUUAUGGAUAGAUUUAAAGAAAUAAAAGUAUGAAUAUUA